UUGUUUGUGAAUGUUAAACAAAAAUGAAAUGAUUCACUGUGGCAUCCGUGUCCCUUGCAGAAAAACGCCCAAUAGCGUGUAGCCGGUAGCGUCAGUUCAGUGUGGUUCAGUGGUCUGGUAGUCAGCAUGCAGCAUGGUGGAAGGAAAUAUGGCAUGCAGUAUAGUCUGCAAUAGUUAUCAGUAAUUUUUAUGUUAUCCCGUAUAGAUAUACAUAGACAAGAGAGACACGAAUAAAAAAUGGGAAGUAAUGGCAAUGACGGCGGAAAACCGCGCGAAACAGUUACAUUGGUUCUCAAAAAGGAACGAUUCGAGGUUGACAAGCAAAAAUUGAUCGACAAGAGUCAGUAUUUUGCUGCGCUUUUGUCCGCGAACUAUUUAGAAUAUGGCCAGACGGAUCACGUUAUCAACUACGAUAUUUCCCUGAUUUUGUUGCAGGAUUUUAUUGAUUGGAUUCAUCAUGACAAUAUCGUAUUUACAUCUGCAACAAGUUAUGAUUUCGAAGAGUUCGAUCGUCUCUCGAUCCUAUUGGAGUUAAGCGUUCUAUUUGCAGCAGAUAAAUUAAUAGAAGAUAUAACCGACAGGCUUGAGAGACACUUUAUGUCACCAAAAUAUGCAAUUGACAUUUGGUUAUUGGCUCAAGAAAUGAAUAUUAAUGUGCUACGAGAUCUUUCUUUGGCUGUUUGCUUAGAUCGUUUCGAUGAACUGCCACUCGAUUCAAUUUGUGAGUUGUCGAAAAAGCAUUUUAUAAGGUUAAUUGGAAACAUCAAUUUAAGAGCUACAGAAUCUCAUUUGCUUGAUAUUACACGCGAGUGGAUGAACCAUCAUCAUGAUUUUACAAUUCCUUUAUAUAUCUUGAAGAAAAAGAAACAAAAAAUUUUGCAGGGUGUUAUAUCUUGUGAAUAUAAAAAUGGUAAACAAUAUAUUCAUUGCUGGGAUGGUAAUGAUUUUUUUGAGCUGACCUCAUUCGAAUAUCCUGCAGAUAUUGUCGAGCAUUGUUGCAUUACUGGUAGAUCACUUGAAGGAAUGCAGAUCACUGCCAAAAGAUACAAUUUAUAUCUUUGUGGUGGAGAAUAUGGUAUUGGUUCAGGAAAGUUUAACAAAAAUGUAUGGCGUUAUUCUUUGAUAUCUAAGAAAUGGAUUCUUGAGACAGUUAUGCCAGUUGAGAGAAGACAUA